AUGAGAAAAAAAGAAAAAAAAGAUACAUCAAAAAAAAAAAGAAAAGAUCAAGCUUUUAUAGAUUUCUUAUAUCAAAAUAUUAUAAAAAAAGAAUUAUUUAAUAUAUUCAAAGGUAAAACUUAUAAUAAUAAAAAAAAAGAGAAAUAUGCUAUAAAAAAUUUUAAUGAUAGAAAUGACAUUAGCAAAAUUAAAACUACAAAUGAAGAUGAAGAGUAUAUACUUUUUUUGAAAUAUAUUUAUAAUGAUGUGUCAUCAUUUAUUGAAAACAAUAAAAAUUAUCACUUAAUAAAUUCUAAUCUUUUAGAUAUUGAAGAUCUUAUGGUUAAUAUUUGUGACACCAUUUGUCAUAGAACUUUUAAAAAUAUUAAAACAAUAUUUGAUUCAUCAGAUGAGAAAACAAAUUCAAAAACAAAUAAUUUAAUUAAAGAAACAUUUAAAGAUGAAAAUAAUAUAAAUGAUUCUUUUUUUUUAAUACCUCCAAUGGAAUAUAUUGUAUCGUAUAUUAAUAAAUUAAGUUGUAAUGAUGUUAAAGAAUUUAUUAAAAAAAAUAAUUUUGAUAAACAAACAUUAUUUCAUACCUCUGUAAGUACUAAAUUAUUAGAUGAUGAAAUUAUUAAUCAAUAUGAAAAUUUAAAUAAUGAAGAGAAAAUAGAACUUCAAUCGAAACACUAUCUAACUACUGAUCAAUAUUCUACCAGUAAUGAGAUAGAUGAGGAAAAAUAUAAAAAUGUAUUAGAGUGUUAUUCAAUUGAAAAAAAAAAUUUACACGAUAAAAAAGAUGUAGAAGAAGAUUAUAUUUGUGUCAAUAAAAAAGUUAAUCAAGACAAAUAUAUUUAUAUGAAUAAUAAGAUAGUUAAUUGUUAUAAUGAAAAAAAUCACGAUGAACUUGAUGAAAAUAAACAUAUUAAUUAUUUGUUAUCUACAGAUAAAAAAGAAAAUGUUGAUUGUGAUAUUUAUAAUGAAUAUGAAAAUAUUUCUCUUUAUAAACAUUUGAAGAUUUAUGAUUCUUCUGAUAACAACACAUCAAAGAAUACUAACAGUGUAUUAUCUCAUUUAGAAGAAGAAAAUGUUGAUUUUAACUCAUAUUAUAUUAGUAGUGAUUCUUCAAAAAAUAAAAGUACAAAUAUAAAUUAUUUGUGCAGUGUAUCUUCUAAUAAUGAAGAAGUUGAUGAAAUUUUAUACAAAAACAAAAAAUUAGAGGAAAAAAUAAACAUCACUUUUUUAAGUGAUGAAUUAAUGAAAAAUAAUUGUGAUAAUAAUGAUAUUCUUUAUCACACUUUAAACAAUGUGGAGAAUAACGAUUUAAAUGAUAAAAUUAUUAAAUUGAGAGAUUUUAAUAAAGAUAUUUUAACUGGAAAUGAUGAAUAUGUUUGCGAUAAGUGUUAUUCCAGUGAUUCAUACAAAACUAAAAAAGAUAAUUUAUAUGAAGGAAAUAUUUAUAAUGAUUUAGAAAAUGAAAAUAAUCAUUCUAAUAAUACUAAUACUUAUACUUGUAAUUCUAAUAAUAUGGAUAUUAAUAUAGAUGAUGAUAAUUACGAUGUUAUUAUUAACAAUAAUAAUAAUGUUGUUGAAAUUAAUAAUAGUGAUAUUAAUAAUAACGAAUCUAAUGAUAUUGGUAUUAAUAAUGAUGGUAACUAUGCUUUUACUAAUAAUAACUAUAAUGAUAUAAAUUUUAAUAAUGAUAUUAAUAAUAUUGAUAUUAAUAAUGCUGAUACUGUUGAUAUCAAUAAAGUUACAAAUAAUGGUGAUAUUAAUAAUUAUGUUAGUGAAAUUGAUGCUAAUGAUAAUAAUGCAAAUGAUAUUGAAGUGAAUAUUAAUAAUAAUACUAGUAGUUUUAAUAAUAAUGGUAUUAAUAAUAUAUGUAUCAAUGAAAGUAAUGUUAAUAAAAAUGUGAAUAACAAGGAUAUUAAUAAUAAUGAUGUUAAUGAUAGUAAUAUAGAGGAAAAAGAAGUGAACUUUGAAAUAAGAAGAUUAAAUGAAAACAUAAACAAACUUAAUUCUUGUAUAGAGCAAAAUAAAUAUAAAAAUUACAUUGAAAAUAUAAAUAAUAGUGAAAAUAAUUUGGAUAAAGAGUAUAAUAAAGUAGAAAACAUUAAGAUGGAAAAUAUUAACGAUCCUAAUGAAAAGAAUAUAAAAGAGAGAAAUAAUGAUGAAAAAAAAACACCAAAAAAUAUAUUUAAAUAUGACAAAAAAGAAUAUCAAGAAAGAUUGCAAAAAUUAUUAAAGGAUACAAAUUGCUUAAAAAAUGAAUCAGGUGAAUUUAGGAAAAAUAGCAAUUUGCAUGAUGAUUAUUAUUAUUUCAAGUAUUUAAAUAAUUAUGAAAAUAAAAUUAAUCCAUACCAUUAUACAAGGGUUGAAAAAAAAGCAAAUAUACAAGUAACACCUUCCCCAUUUCCUCAAUUUUUAAGAGAUAUACAAAUUUUUAAUGUUCCUCAAAAAAAAAUAAGAUUAAAAAAAACUAACGUAAUUUUAAAUAGAGAAAAGGAGAACAAGAAAGAAGGUAAGAAAUCAAAAAUGAAAAAAAAUAUAAUAAAAAAUGAAGAAAAAGAUAAAAUGAUAUAA